AUGAGAAAAUUCUUCUGCAACAGAAAUAUAAGCAUCCCUCUACGAUUAAGAAUGCUGAGAGGCUAUGUAUUUAACACGCUAUUAUACGGUGUAGAGGCCUGGACUCUCAAACAGAAUAACAUGAAAAAUAUUAAAAGUUUCGAGAUGUGGUGCUACCGUCGAAUGCUGAAGAUUAGUUGGGUUGAAAGAAUAACAAACUGUGAAGUAAUACGAAGAAUAGGAAAAGACCCAGAGAUUUUGUUAACGCUAAAGCGAAGAAAACUCGAAUAUUUUGGUCACCUGAUGAGAGGACAUAAAUACGCAUUACUUCAAAAUAUAAUGCAGGGAAAAAUAGAAGGAAAACGGAAUCCAGGCCGUAGAAGAAUGUCGUGGUUGCGGAAUUUGAGAGAGUGGUUUGGCUGCACCACUAAUGAACUCUUUAGGUCAGCCGUAAACAAGGUCAGAAUAGCCUUGAUGAUUUCCAAUCUCCGAUAG